CUCAAAGGGAUUAGCCUCCUGAAGGAGCACAAAAGGUGGAGCCCUCUUGACAGGACAAUGACCUUGGCUAAAUGUUGUCUUUUCCCCUUCCCUGUGAUGUGCUCUGGUGAUCAGAGGGGGGCUGUUCACAUGCCUGAAGUGGUCAGGGGUCAUCAAAGGGCAGCUGUCCACUAUAAAGGGCCGUCUGCACAGAGCAUCACUUCAGCCUGAGACCAGCUGGAGGAAGGACACAGACCUUUUCCUCUCUCUCUCUCUCUCUCUCUCUCGCACUCUUUUUUACUCUUUCGGACUUUAAAAAAAAAAUGGAAGCGAGGGUCUUCACAGUUUUCUGCACGCUCCUCCUCUGCUCUUCUGCGGCUGUUUUCUCCUCUCAGGGUCGGAGGCAUCGCUCGGGCCUCGAGUCUGGUUUCAGAAAUCUGUCGGUGAAUCCCGGCAGCAGAUUCCCUCCGUACAUGAUGCAGCUAUACCGCUCCUUCAGGACGGCCGAUUCCUCGCCGUCAGACUCUUUGACCGCACAGGGGGACAACCUGUCAGCGCAGAGCUCCGACUCUGUCCUCAGCCUUGUAGCCAGAGGUUGUCAUCAAGACGGAGGAAGAUGGACGAUCUCGUUUGACAUGUCGUCCGUCUCUGCCGGUGAGCUCGUUCAGUCGGCAGAACUCCGGAUCAGACUCCCAGCGUUCUCCGGAUCCAAGCGGGCCACGGUGGAUUUGUAUCACUCCAGGAAGCAGAGCUGUGACCCUGACGGCGCGUCGUGCCACCCAGAUGAGGAGCUUUUCCUGGGGAGUUUCAUCACAUCGCCCAGCAGCUCGAAGUCUUCCUGGAAGGUGUUUAAUGUGACCGCUCUGUUGAAGUACUGGCUGCAUCAGGGAGGCAGAGUGUCGGGACAGGCGUCAGGGGAGCCCGAGGAGGAUCAUGGGAGCGGAGGUGGACGCGAGGGAGAGGUGAUUUUUAAGAAUUUGGGAUCGAGGCGGAGAAAGACUCUCCAUCCGACGACAAACCGGGUCAUGAUGGUCAUCUUCUCCAAACACAGCCUGCCACAGGAAAGCCACAGUCUCCUUCACACCGUGGAGAACUCCAAGUAUGUGACCACGGACAGAGCGAGCAGCGAUGGGCAGAGUCGACGCCACAAAAGGAACAGGAUGGAGAGGAUGAGGGUGACGGAUGGAGAUUCUUCUACAGCUGCUCCGCCGACACCAGCAGCAGCAGCAGAGCCGUCUCAGAGGACGCUGUGUCGGAGGGUGGACAUGUGGGUGGACUUCGACCACAUCGGCUGGGACGAGUGGAUUGUUCACCCGAAGCGCUUCAAUGCGUACCGCUGUGAGGGCGAGUGCCCCUCCCCCCUGGACGACUCCUUCCAUCCCACUAACCACGCUUACAUGCAGAGCCUCCUGCGUCAUCACCACCCUGAGAGAGUGUCCUGUGCGUCCUGCGUGCCGACGCGCCUCAGCCCGCUCUCCAUGCUGUACUACGAGAGCGACGACCUGGCCCUGCGGCAUCACGAGGACAUGAUAGUAGAAGAGUGCGGCUGUCACUGAAGGCCGGAUGAAGCACGAUCCUGAAGACACUCAGUUUAAAAAAAAAAACAUUAAAUGGAAAAUGUUACUGAUGGAUUUCUACAACAAACCACUAAAUGUGACUUUUCAUCCAUACUGGGUGAUUCACGUUAAAAUAUAUAAAUGUGAUAAGGAGAAAUCCAUGAAUCCAAUGUUUUAAUUUUAAUCUA